GAUAUUUUCUUCCCAGUUGUCACUUUUUUGUCAGCUCAGUUCCAGACCGAGGCUUUAAAUCGGAGCUCACGUCGCUCCAAAAGAUUCACUCCUACGAAAUGCUUUGCGCGUCUCACUCGCUCUUCCUGCUCACGGUCGCCGCCGUUUGCUCGGCCCUGCCCUCGCAACCCAGGGAGGACGAAAACGUCGUCGCCGUCGUGUCCAACUGCAUGAAGAGGGAUGCUAACUUUUUGGUCACAUGUCUGCAGGAAAGGGCCGUCAAAGCGUGGGACCAAGCGCUCAGUACUAAUGCGCCCUUUGAGAUGUUUGAUGGUAUGGUGUCGUUAGAAAAAGAUCCUGCGAGCAACACGACUGAUGUGCAGGCGGUCGACCUGACAGGCACCUCUUCGAUGGAUGACCUGCCGUCAGAUCCAGGCGCCAGGAGCUUCCAACUGAACAACAUGCUCAUCAAAAAGCUCACAAAGUUUUUGCAGACGAGAACACUAAAAAUUAUCGUUCCUCUCUCAGAGGAAGGCAGGGGAAAGUUGAAGAAGUACGCGGAGCCUUUGGCAAUGGCCAUCAUGUGGAAGAUGAUGAUGGCUGCCCUGGCGAUGGGCGCGCUCGCCCUGCUGGCCGGCAAAGCGCUGAUUGUCUCCAAGUUGGCGCUGACGCUGUCGCUGUUGCUGGCCGUGCGACGCGUGCUGAACGGCGGCGGCGUCGGCCUCGAGAAAAUCGACAUCUACGCCAAGCACUACGAGGACAAGAAAAUGCACGGCGAGGGCUCACACAUGUACCCCAGUCUGGCAGACGAAGGGAGCUACUACGGCCAAAAGAGGUCAUUCCAGCCAAUGCCGAAGAAGACGGCCGAAAUGGCGACGUUCAACUCGGCGCCGGCCGUCGACAUCAACAGCAACGUCUUCGCCGACAGGGACUACGCACAGAUCAAGGCCUCGUCCGGUGGCAGACAAAGGGGUGUCGACCUCGGCGCAGUGCUCAGAAAGGCGCUCGUCCAGAAGUUGGACAAAGUUCAAAACUCUUAAUUCAGUGAGCAAAACGUAAUUUGGUUUGGUGGUAAUUUAUUUGAUGUAUUUAUUUGAAGAUGUGAAAAUAUAAGUUUUUUUUUAUUGAAAAGUCAAUUAUGAGUAAGUUUACUUAUGUUAAUUAUACUCAACAUAUAUGAUAUUAAUGUAUAAUUAUUCCGUUUGGAUCAUUCCUACAAAUAAUGUUAGUAAAUUAAUUUUUUCUGUGCUUCUAUAAUUUUUUUUUUUAAGUUAAUCAAUAAUUAUUAUUUUGGCAAAAAUGUCAGCCUGAAAUUAAUAUUAGUAAAUUAAA